UGGCGGUUGGGGAAUGGGUAUAGAUCGUCUUACUAUGUUUUUGACUGAUAGCUCAAAUAUUAAGGAGGUUCUUCUCUUCCCCGCUAUGAAACCGAUAGAUGAAAAGCCCAAGGCUCCUGAGACCAUAACGAGUUAA